UAAGUUACGGUCACAUUGCUACUGUUUUACAUAGGAUUCAUGUUUUUCGUUUUAAAACUAACGUUGCAAUAAGUUUUGCAAGCAAAUUAACAACACGAAGUCCGGUCCUAACAGCUGACUCAUUGGCCAUGCCAGACGACACGCAAGAUGCCAAAGCACAGAAAUUGGCUGCAGCUCGUAAAAAGCUCAAGGAAUACCAGCAGCGCAACAACAACAACGUUGACGAAACAGCUGGCACCAAUACCAACUCAUCCACUGUAAGCAUUGCCAGCAAUUUAUCGGAACGCUCUGAUUGUGAGUUGAGCUUAAGCAACGGUGGCGUCCCAACGCAGUCGCCUCCUCCAAUUGAGCAGGCGACAACUGCAACAGCUACAGUUGCCGCUGCAUAUUUUACACAGCCACUGUUGAAUCCCGUGGAGUCGUUAACCCAGCCCAUUUGGCCACACAAUGGCCAGAACGAUACCAAUUUGCAGACUAUUCAAGUGCUGAUCGCUGAGAAGGCGCAACUCAGCACCGAAUUAACCAAGAGCCGACAUGUAUGUCGCGAGCGUGAACUGGAGCUGGAGGAACUGCGCACUGAACAUAGCCAAGCGACUCAACGCCUGGAACAGCUGCAGCAGCGCUAUCAGGAGCAACAGCAAAGUGCGGAGCAACAGCGUCAACAAUUUGCCGAGCUGCAACACAAUUUGCAGAAGACAUGCGCUCAAACUGCCGAUCAGCAGACCCAUCUGAGUGAACUGGAGGCCCAAGUGCAACAGCUGAACACACGUUACGAUGAACUGCAGCAACAGCAUGCCGGCAAAUGCAAUGAGCUGGAAAUGGCACAAUUGCGUCUACGUCAACUUUCGGAUGAAUCCAAUGUCAAUGCCGACAAUCGUAUUGAAUCCCUCACGCAAACGCAGUAUAUGUAUGAGCAACAGAUUCGCGAUCUGCAGCAGAUGGUAACACAGUUGACACAGGACAAGGAUCAGGCGGCCAUACAAUAUCAAAACUACGUCGCAAAUUUAAAUGAACGUAACUCUGAGUUAGGCGAGGAGUGCAGUCAGCUGAAGGAACGUGAGCGUCAGCUGGUGGAUCAUGUUGGCGGUUUGGAGCGGGAAAUACAAAAAAAUUUGGCACUACAGGCACAGUACAAGGAGGCAGCUACCCAGCAGGAGCAGACACUCAAGGAACCAACGCCAGAGGCUGUGCCCAGUGCAGAGUUGAAAGAGCUGCAGGAUCGCAUUAGUGAUUUUGAGUUUGAACGCCAUGAAUUCCUGUUGAAGAUUAAGUCACAGGAUGAUCAGCUGCAGUUAAAGGACGAGGCAUUCAGUGAACUGCAGCAGGAAUUGCAUCGACUGCAAACAGAACAACCGGAUCAGGUCAAGCUGAUGGCAACCAUGGAGUCUGACAAAGUGGCUGCCUCACGGGCUCUAAGCCAAAAUGUCGAAAUGAAACAGCAACUGGACGAGCUGGAGCAGCGUUUUGUCCAAUUGACCAACGACAAAGUCGAGCUGGUUAAUAAGCUGGAUGCCGAGCAGUUUGCGAAUCGCGAGAUGCGUACCAAUUAUACCAGUAUGGAGCAAAAGCUGCAGACGAACGAGGAGCGUUUCAAGUUUAAGGACGAGGAAAUGAUACGACUCUCGCAUGAGAAUGUCGAACUGCAGCGCACACAGUUGAUGUUGCAGCAACAGCUCGAUCGAUUACAGCACUAUGAAGCCAAGGCUUAUCACAGUGACGAGCCAAAGGAGGCGACUGAAAUUACAGAAGGUGCUGUGGAGGCACAGGAACAUGAUCAUCACCAUCAUCAUGAGCACGAUCACAAUGCGCAUGCGCACGAGCACGGAGAUCAUCAGCACAAUCACAACCACGAUCACGAUCACACGCAUGAUCAUCACCAUCAUCAUGCCCAUGAUGAGCACCAUGCUCAUAAUGAUGAUCAUGCCCAUUCUGAGCAUUGCUCCAGCGGCAAGACACCAUCGCUGCCCACCGCUGAGGCUGUGGAAAAGCUGCAGUCACGCUUUACAACGCUGAUCAGUCAAGUCGCUGAUCUUACCGAGGAAAAGCAUAGCUUGGAGCAUCUAGUGCUGCAACUGCAGAGUGAAACGGAAACUAUUGGGGAAUACAUCGCCCUGUAUCAGACACAGCGUCGCAUGCUAAAGCAGCGUGAGUAUGAGAAGGCAGCACAGAUGCGUCUGCUCAAAGCAGAACGUGAACAGCUGCGUGAAAAGAUUGAUGUGCUAAACAAACUGGUGGGCAGCUUAGGAUUGGCUACAACGUUAUCCGCAGAGCAACAACAACAAUCAGUGGCAGAUAAUGGCAACGCAGCGGAGCAACAUCAACAGUUAUUGCAUCAAGCGGAGCAAGAGAAGGAUGGCGAGAACUCGCAACAAAUAUUGCACAAGAUACAGGACAUCAUUAGCGAAAUCAAAGAGAAUACCGAGCAGUCGCCGCCAUCUUUGUCCAGCGGUGGACCGACCGAUCAUGCCGUUGAUCAUUUGAACUGUUGCCUUGGCAAGUUCGAGGUGGUCUAACUAAUACCUAAAGCCAAUACUAUUGUGCAACGCAUUGUAUUCUAAGUGCAAUUACAUAUUGAAUGCGUCGCCGCUUUUUCUGUAAAAAAAAAAAAAAAACAAUUUGCAUGCGCAUUGCGCAUCUGCUUUGGCUCUUUCUCUGUAAUUUAUAUACGGACUUUUUGUAUACAUAUGUAUGUUUCAUAAAUGUUCAUUAAUCAAAUCGUCUUGCUCCACAACAUUAUACGAAUAAAAUACGCAAUACUGUA